AUGGACGACCAAUUCGUCCAUGAGCUGCCCAAGCUGGAACUGCACGUCCACAUUGAGGGCACGUUGACCCCGGAGCUCCGCUGGCAGCUUGCUCAGAAGAAUGGCGUCCACCUGCCAUACGACUCGUUGGACGCCCUGCGCAGCAGCUACCAGACCAUGUAUAACCACCGUAAAGAGCUUCACGGGGACAACGGUCUGCCGACAUUUUUAGAGGCGUACUACGGCGGCAUGGAAGUUCUCCACAAGGAAGAUGACUUCUACGAGCUCGCCAUGCAAUACUUGCGCAAAGCUUCGUCCAUGCACGUGCGUUAUGCUGAGCCUUUUUUCGACAUCCAGGCUCACACGCGGCGCAACAUCCCUGUGGCCGCCGUGAUGGAAGGUUUGAAGCGCGCAAAGGCCGACGCUGCGCGUGAACUAGAUGUUCACUGCAACUGGAUCCUCUGUUUCCUGAGGGACAUGAGCCCAGAAUCAGCGAUGCAAGCCUACGAAGCCUGCAUUCCCUACAAAGGCACGGUCUUUUGUGGUAUUGGACUUGAUAGCAACGAGUACAACCGUCCACCAACCCUGUUUGAUGCCGUAUUCCAGAGGGCGAGAGCGGACGGUCUGAAGAUCACAAGCCACUGUGAUGUUGGGCAAAAGGACACUCACGCGCACAUCGAGCAAGUCGCGAGCCGCAUUGCUGGUCACGGCACCGAUAGAAUCGACCACGGACUGAAUGCCGCUGAAAGGCCGGAUCUGAUCGAGCUGAUCAGGAGGAGAGAUCUUGGCAUGACACUUUGCCCGCAUGCUUAUCAUCGUCGCAACCCCACCGACUACGUCUUCCCUCUAGUGCGGAAACUAUUCGAUGCCGGUAUCAAAGUCACGGUCAACUCCGACGACCCAACGUACAUGCAUAACAUGUGGGUUGAGGACAACCUGAGGCUCGUGCAGCAGCACUGCCAGUUUACUCGGCGGGAGAUGAUCCGCUUGCAAAUGCACGCUGUUGAAAUAUCGUGGUGUGGCCCCGAUCUAAAAGGCAAGCUUAUGGACGAGUUGACGAGGUUUGACCAGGUGUGGGGUGACCAGCUCUAA